UGUCAUUGCAAAGCUAGAACAUGGACAAAAAAACAAAAAACAUUGCAUAAGAUAGACAACUGUAUUAUUUUUUUAAACACCACUUUUUUUCCCUAUCACCUCAAAUUUUCAAGAUUGUUUGUUUCCUUUCAAACCCCUGUCUUAAUUCAAAAAAUUCACUCACUAUUCUUCUCAUUUCAUUCUCUAGUAAGUGGCUAAUGUGAAUCAUGCCUCAAGUGAAGAAAGAGCACAAGAGAUGCAGAAAACAAGAAAACCAGCAACACUCUUUUUCAGCAUCCAAUGCAGCAGCAGCUGAAUCAAGAAUCCCAUCCAAGAAGAAGAGGUUCAUGUUUGUGAAGCUUAAAGGGCUGGGGUGUAAAGGGACGCCGGUGACGGCGGCGUCGACGCCGGCGAUCAUACGAUCGGCGGCGGAUUGGGAGUCUAAGGGUGCAAGAAAUCAGACAAAUCAGAAUAAGAAGAAGAAGAGGAAACAACCUUUGCAUAGUCGAAGGAAUGUUGAUAAUGUUGUCGUUGAUGUCCCCGACGUGUGUUGUACGCCGCCGGGGAUCGGCAUUGCUUCGGAUGUUGCACCUCGAGCUAGGAAUCAUGCACCACACAGAAAGCAUUCACGAGAAGCAAGAAGAAACAAUGAUGAUGCAACUCAAGAAUUUCCGGCGGUUUUAUCGGUUGGAAUUGGGUCAAGAACUGCACAUCGUUCUGCUGAAGAAAUCAUAGAGAUGCUGAUGACCCGGCAAGCGCUGCUGCCGGGAAGAAUACUCCGGCGACAUGACCAGUAUCAAGACUGGAGGCUCGACGUAGACGAUAUGACGUACGAGGAGCUGCUUAAUUUGGGAGAUAGGAUUGGGUACGUGGGCACAGGAUUGCAGGAAGAAGAUAUAUCCAAUUGUGUAAGGAAAUUCAACCAUGAUUCUGCUCAUGCUCAUGGCAAAGAUUGGGAAUGCAGCAUUUGCCAGGAGAAAUGCAGGGUAGAUGAUGAGAUAGGAAUACUGGAAUGUGGUCAUCAUCAUCACGUCGAAUGCAUAAAGCAGUGGCUUCUACAGAAGAAUGCAUGCCCUGUCUGCAAAUCUGCUGCCCUGCGUGACAAAUCUAAGUAAAGAAAGGCCGUUUUUCGCCUUUUCUCGAAAUCGUGUGGGGCUAAGAUUUCUUACCUUUUUUUCCCAUGACUUUUACCUGUGUGGUUGAGCUUCAAAUCGUGGUCCAGUCUCUGGGAUUUGCCUGUUGUAUUGCAUAACUAAGCAGAGUUCGGUUCCCUAUAUCAUUUUCACAAAAUUCAAUUUCUUAUA